AACCACCACUUCUCUCUCCAAUGGCGGCCACCACAUUCACCUCUCUCAUCCUCCUCACCCUCUACAUAACCACCGCUCAAAUUCCCCUCUCCGCCGCCGCCGCCUCCGUCUGCACCUCCACCCCCGACCCCUCCUACUGCAAAUCCACCCUCCCCAACCAAACCGGCAAUGUCUAUUCAUACGGCCGCUCAUCUUUCAGAAAAUCCCUCUCAUCCUCGCAAAAGUUUCUCCGGCUAGUCAAAAAGUACCUCCGGUCACGCUCGUCGUUGACCGUCCCCGCCGUCCGAGCGCUGGAGGACUGCCAGCUGUUGGCGGGACUGAAUAUUGAUUACUUAACGACGUCGUUCCGGACGGUGAAUACGACGAGUUCAAAGCUGUCGGAGAUGAAGGCGGACGACGUACAGAGCUUGUUGAGUGCGAUAUUGACGAACCAGCAGACGUGUUUGGAUGGGCUCAAGGCGACGGCGGGUUCGUGGUCCGUCAAAAAUGGCCUUUCCCUCCCACUUGCCUCUGACACCAAGCUGUACUCUAUGUCCUUGGCUUUAUUUACCAAAGGUUGGGUUCCGAAGAAGAAGAAACGGUCGACAUGGACGGCGGCCGGGAGGCAGGGCGGGUUUAGAAACGGUCGGAUGUCACUCAAAAUGUCGAACAGAGCGAAAGCGAUUUACGAGAUGGCGACGCGCCGGAAUCUGCUGGAGACUGACGACGGCGGCGACGACCAGAUUUCGAUCAGAGACAUCGUCAUUGUCAGCCAAGACGGCAGCGGGAAUUUCACGACAAUUAACGAAGCGAUUGCGGCGGCGCCGAAUAACUCUGCUCCGACCGACGGCUAUUUCUUAAUCUUUGUGUCGGUCGGAGUUUACGAGGAAUACGUGUCGAUUGCGAAGAAUAAACGGUAUUUGAUGAUGAUCGGAGAUGGUAUUAAUCAGACCGUUAUCACUGGUAAUCGGAGCGUCGUUGACGGCUGGACCACUUUCAAUUCCGCCACGUUUGCGGUGGUGGGACCCGGAUUUGUAGCGGUGAACAUGACGUUCAGAAACACCGCCGGAGCAAUAAAGCACCAAGCCGUCGCCGUCCGUAACGGCGCCGACUUAUCCACUUUCUACCUCUGCAGCUUCGAAGGCUACCAAGACACCUUAUACACACACUCCCUCCGCCAAUUUUACCGCGACUGCGACAUUUACGGCACCGUCGACUUCAUCUUCGGCAACGCCGCCGUCGUUUUCCAGAACUGCAACAUCUACCCUCGUCUUCCUAUGGCGAACCAGUUCAACGCCAUCACUGCUCAGGGCCGGACCGACCCAAAUCAGAACACCGGAACCUCGAUCCAUAACUGCCGGAUCACCGCCGCUGACGACCUCGCGAACAACACCGGCGUCGCGGUGAAAACGUUCCUCGGACGACCGUGGAAGGAGUAUUCAAGGACGGUGUAUUUGCAGAGCUUCAUGGAUGAGCUAAUUAAUCCGGCGGGGUGGAGGGCUUGGGAUAAGGAUUUUGCUUUGAACACUUCGUAUUAUGCUGAAUUUGGGAAUUUUGGGCCGGGAUCUAACACGUCGGAGAGGGUGAAUUGGCUGGGAUUUCAUUUGAUUAAUGAUACCGAUGCUGGGAAUUUCACGGCGGCGAACUUUGUCUUGGCGGAUGAUUGGCUGCCGCAGACCGGCGUUCCGUACACCAGCGGCUUGACGGAGUAGGAAACAGGAAGAAUUUGUUAUAUAUAUAUAUAUAUAAUGAUAUUCCAAAGGCUAAAUGUAUAGCUUGGGAUGAUGAUCGAUUCUUUGUACGGUGAUUGACUUUAAAUUUUUAGAAUAAAAAUACCACAAACUGUUCAUCUUCAA